CUCAAGCAAUCUGUGCUCCAAGCUCAGGAUAUUCGAGAGAGAGAGAGAGAGAAUUCAUAUUUUGACUGCCGGCAUCUGCGGGCAAUUCAAGUUACACCCGCGAGGCAAAUGUUGCGGCUGCUCCUUGCAAUCUUUUCAGCAUUUGUCUUCAUCAAGAUUUUGGCUUCAGAGACAUGCAGCAACCAGGUGCUGAAGCAAAACAACAACAUGCUUUGCCCAGAGGGCUAUGGGUUUCCAGCAUCAAAGGCGGUGUGUGUGGCCGCGGCACAGGCCCUUGGGUUCGAUGGCGUCGUUGGUGAAGAGGGCCCGUACGGCGAAGACAAUCCGCAAAACCAUCCGCCAUGCUUCCAUGUACCCACUGAAAUACAAUGGGUUUUGCCAGGGUACUGCGGCGAGGUGACCUCUCAAUGGCUCGACCUUGGCGCCGUGUGCGUGAAGUGUUGCGGUGGCUGCUUCGAGUGCAUGGAGUGCGAAGGGAUGGCAAACUGCUCCGCGGUAACGGAACCGCCAGCCUCCGGCGCGCCUUUUGGAGCUUGUAUGUCUUGUGCCAUGGUGUUCAUGAUGGUUGUCGCGCAGUGGUGUUGGUGA